AGGACCACAACAAAACUGGGACAAAAUGUCUACAUCGAAAUGCGUUAAAAGGAAGCAUUUGGAAUAAUGAAUUGAAUGAAUUAUCAACUUAGUGGAAAACGGUAGGCUAACGUAAGCAUGUGUUACAUCUGUAAUCGGAAUAUCAAACUUGACUUGUCAAAUUUUCGAGCUGGAUAGUCUUCCAGCAGACAGGCCUGUUGAUGUGAAGGAGAGAAAUGGACCAAAACCAGGUAGACCUACGAAUCUGGCGAAUGUUUAAUAUCUACAUGUCCUUAAUUUCACAAUGAGAGCUACCCUAGAGAUGGAGAGUUAUUGUAUGUAAAGACGUAGGCUACUCAGUCCCUUCCCUUUCCAAUUUCAAGCGUCACACCGUUACAAGUGCAUCCUCUCGGGUCACUAGACAUGUCAGGUUGGUCCAUGGAGUCUAUGGAAUAUGACUGGACUACUGCACGAGGGCAGACUUGCAAGGAUAAAGAUGCACUUUCUCGCAUCCAACCACACAUUUCACCGCCCGCGGCCAUGGCUUGGGACAGUAGGGCUACUUACAGUUGCGAUGCAGAAGACUUGGAGCUUUCGAGAAAGAGGAGAGAGUUGCACUUAAUUGAAGAGCAGAUUGCUCGCAAAAAGGCCUCAAUCGCGUUUAAAAAGAACGAACUGCAACGAACGACGUUGCACAGGGAAAAUGACAAUGAAGUAGACGAGGAGGGAGAAUGGAACAGACCAAUGGAGACGGACACGCAACAUGGAAAACCUUCAAUACUCACCAGCAAUAACUGGACUCAGAGGCCACCCCAGCUCACAGAAAGACAACUUAGCAUUCUGAGUGAGCUGACACAGCCACAUGUGUCCGCCUUUGAACCCUCAGAUCCAUCUCCAUUUAUGAAAAGUUUUUUGGAGAAGAGAAAUGCCGACAUCUUACAGAGAGAUUCGAAAGAUAUACGGACACCUCAAUUAGACUCCAAUGCAACCCUCACUUCAAAACACAAAGUUGAAGAUUUGAGACCUCACCAUCUCUCAGAGUACACGCUGCCAUCAUCGAAUUACAAGCCCUCAGAUCCAGCUCCAUUUAUGAAAAGUUUUUUGGAGAAGAGAAAUGCUGAAAUCUUACAGAGAGAUUUGAAAGAAAAACGGACACCUCAAUUAGACUUCAAUGCAACCCUCACCUCAGAACACAAAGUUGAAGAUUUGAGACCUCAUCAUCGCUCACAGCACACACUGCCAUCACCGGGUUACAAGAUUCCAACUACACCGCCAGAUCCCUUCCGCGUCGAUCACUCUCCAGGAACAAGCAACAGCGCUCAAUCCUCAAAGGGCUUCAGUCGCUUCCUCAGCAUCCUUAAUCAAGGGGUAGAUUUAGGAAGGCUCUCUGACAUCGUAAAUGCGGAUCAGGCUGGAGCUGUGGAUAACAAACCAACAGCUUCGGUUCGUGGUGAAACGCGAAGGAGUUUGGAUUUGGACCACAAUGACUCGAGAGACAAGCACAGAGAAUCCCGAGCCGAGGAGCGAGGCCCAGGAUGCAACAGAGGGGACUCCGGCGUUGAUGAUAGUCACUUGAAAGACAAGGACAAACAGUCUAGACGCAACCUGGGAGACUCUGAAGAGAAGGAUGGGAGAUCAACAGGCAGGAGAAGUGACUCGAGAGACAGCCACAGGCACUCAGGUGACAGAAAAAUCCCAACGGAUUGGAGAGAAACAGACAGGGUCUGGGACUCAAGAGACAGAGACAGGAGUUGGGAUUCCAGAGAGGAAGACAGGGGCUGGGACUCAAGAGAGAGAGACAGGAGUUGGGAUUCCAGAGAGAAAGACAGGGAUGCUAGGCACAGGAGGUUGGACUCGAGAGAUGGUUACUGGGAUCCACAGGACAGAGACAACAAACCUAAGAAAGGGGAUUGGGACAGGGAAUGGGGAGGCAGGGAUCGGGAGUCCAGAGACCACAGACGGGAUUCCCAGAGUCCGAGCAGAAGAUAUUCAAGAGACGGCAGCAGGAGGAGCAAGAGCAGAUCGCCCAGCCCCAUCCCGUCCUCAUCGGAAUACAAGACGAGGACCGAGAAGAGGGAACAGUUCUCCAGGAUCCAGAGCCUCCUUCAGACCGUGGGGCUGGAGUUGGGAAUCGACGACGUGGACCGACUGAGCAGUAGGACCCAGGAGCGGCUCUAUGGGGUGAAGCACCCGAGAAAUGGGGCGCAGGUGGAGCACAGGCAGCAGCGGCAGAAGAACAGGGACGAUUCCCCAGAUUCUCCCCGCAGGCGACUUGACUCCCAGGAGAACAAAGUGACGCCUGGUGACGCCGAACGCCCUCGGAGAGUUUCCGGAUCCGGCCGUACUCAUUCAACAGAGGGCUCCGCAGAAGGCAACCCUGCCGGGCCUGCUGGCCAGAGUAUACCUGUGUCCACAUUGUCACAGCCUCCACCGGCACACUAUUCAAGCUAUACAGUGAUGCAUCAUAACUCUUGUGAAGGCCAAUACCUCAGUGCCUCUGUCCAGAGCUGGACCCCUGUUGGAUGGAGUGGAGUGCCUCCUUCUUAUGUUCCUCCACCACAACUACCACAAACUCCCAUUCAUGUUCCUCCACCACCACUACCACAACCCCAAGUUUAUUUACCUCCACCACCACCACCACAACCCCAAAUGUAUUUAUCUCCACCACCUACGCUACCGCAACCCCAAAUUCAUGUGCCUCCACCAACACUUGCACAACCUCCCACUCAUUUACCUCACCUCCAAUCACUCCCAAACCUUCCCCAGCUCCCUUCAUCUUACUCCCACCCUCCACCAUUCCCGCCGCCCACGCAGGGGAUGACUACAUCACAGGCAGAAAGGAACCGGAAGACGGAGAAUGAGAAGCAGCGUUGCCUCACGACCUUGACGCAAACAAAGCGCUAUCAUAACAGGCAACAUAACCGAAGGGAAGCGAGGAGAAGGGCCAAAAAAAGAAAAGCAUUAGCAGCAGCAACAGCAGCUGCUGCCGCCGAACGGGCCAAGACGGUGCCUAAGUUCGUCGUGACACCUCCAGCGGCCGAGACGCCGGAGACCCCCGUGGCUCCAAUGCCUGCCGUGACGAUGGCUAAACCGGCCAAACCAGUGAUCGUGCUUCGGCUGAAGAGCGGAGACGUGGUGGGAGCCAGCAAAUGUGCAGCGAGUACCAAGACAGGACCCACAAACCCCACCGACCCGAUUGAAUGAUGAUGAUAGUAAACAUACACACGAUAGAAAAUAUUUACCUUGACAAACUGAACGAGAAACUGUAAGAGCAGCCUCGAUCUGGACUUAUUAGAGAACCCCCUUGCCAUCAUCUGGUUUAUGUUGUAUCUUUGAUCUGUUUUCAGAAAUAACUUUUGAUUAUACUGUACAUGUUCGUUCAUAGCAGUAGUUUAUCCAUUAAUAUUAGUUUGGAUGGUCCUAAUGCUUUGAAGAGACAAAGCUAAAAGUGAUCUGUAAAACAACAACAGUUUUUCUUUCUCUUACUUUACUAUUAAACCAUUUACAUUUGCCUAAUGCUGAUUAUCAGUUUUAUACACUGUCUCCGUAGCAGCAGGGUACAGGUUUUGUUUACUUUUGCUUAGCAACAUGUGAUUUUUUUUUUUUUUUUUUUUUCAGUGUCAGUCCUAGUGUAGCGUCCUCACUUGUGCACCCUUGAGCAUGUACUUCACACCAGGCUAUCACCUCAACACAUGGCCUUGAUUUGAAUGUUGGACAAAGUGGUUUAGUCUAAUGAAAACUAAUUUAAUUACUGGACAUACAUAAUUUAGCUAAGUUAGCACCCUGGUAAGACCUUAACAUUGAGGAGUCUAAAUUAACACCCUGGUAAGACCUUAACAUUGAAGAGUCUAAAUUAACACCCUGGUAAGACCUUAACACUGAGGAGUCUAAGAGUCUAAAUUAACACCCUGGUAAGACCGUAACGCUGAGGAGUCUAAAUGAACACCACGGGUAAGGAGUCCGCUCAAUGCUUCCACAUGCCACAGAACAGAUGUAUUUCAUGCACAAGAAUCUGUGACUGACUUUGCUGUUUGUCUGACUGAAAUUAGGACACAUUAGGACGCCAAUCAAAAUUAGUCUGCCGAUUGGUCAUUUUUAAUCAAUAUUUUGUUUAUAUGAGUCCCAUAUACCGGUGCUUCCUGCUUGACCGUCUGAAAUAUUAUUCACUGAUAUUAUGUAUGCCCAGACACGAACGGUCUGCUAAAUUAUACCUCCGAAGCCCUAAUUAUAAAAAAUGAUACCUCCAAGUGGCUCCAAGCAGUUUCCACAACUUCACAUUGUUAUCACAAUAAUAACUUGGACUGCUGUGUGUGUGUGUGUGUGUGACACAUUUCGUAAUACAAAAUUCUGAUGUCAGCUUAAAGGAGAUGUUAUUGUCAAAGUGUGUGUGGCACAAUUGUUGUAUAGCACAGAGUAUAAUUUAGUAUAGGAGCGUUUUCAAUUUGCAAAGUGUGCUGUAUUUUCAGUUUACAAAGAGCCAAAGAAAACCCUUGUGAAGACAAAGAAUAAAAAAGAAAAGAUGGGUGUGCAGAUACUGUAUCCCAUUUACUUUACCAGACCUACAA